AUGCAAUCUGCAAAUGCAAAGCAAUUAAGAGCCAGGACCGACAAGGAAGUUAGAAAUAUACAGCUAAUAGUUACCCGUGCAAUAGUACACUGGAUAAAAGUUAUCAAAUUAAACUGGUGUGAAUGCACCGUUCAUUGUAUACUACCUAAUAUUCUAUUUACUCCAGAGUUAGAUCACAUGUCCCUAUACAGCCUUGAAAAUAUGAGACUUAAAAUUCAAGGCCAUGCACAACAAAGUCUGCCGUUACAAGUCAACAUCGAGAUAAAUACUACAUUAAAUAAGCUUGAACUACAAAGAUUUGGGUUUACCCUUAUUGCGCUUGCUGAGAAAUGA